CGCCGACUUCGGACUCCUCGCCCCAACAGCCGUCUCUCUGCCGGCAGGCCGACAGCAUGCGCUCCGCCGUCGCCGUGUUGCUCUUGGUGGCGCUGGCCUCGGGCCGGCCGCAGUUCGGCGGCUUCAGCCGCUUCCCGCCGCAACAGUUCCACCGGCCGCCGAGCCACGCCACCGGCGGGGCCUCGAGCAACAUCGUGUCAGGGGUCAGCACCGGGCCGCACCAGGGAGCCAGCAUCACCCAGCUGAGCGCGUCGGCAGGCGGGACGGCCAGCGGCAACGCAGUGAGCUCCAACUCCGCCAGCGCCACCAACCUGGCCGGAAGCGGCAUCUUUGGCCAGCAGCAGUUCUCCAACACCAAUGCCAACUCCAACCAGCAGACGUUUAACGGCUUCGACUUCGGGAAAUAGGGCGCGUCGGGCGGC